GGCUUUUUAGUUAAGAGUUUAAGGUUUAAAAUCCCGCGGAGGGUCAGUAAUGUGUAGACACAAUAAAUAUAGUGUACUUCGCUUAUAAUAUAAAUAAUAAAUAGUUUACUUCAAAACAGGCAUAGCUAACAAUGAGGCUUAAAAUAGAAUAAAAAAAAGGUAUUAAUUUGUAAUCUGGAAAAAACUUAACCUAAGUGUUAAAGUGUUUACCACUUAGACUGGACUGUCAGUGACUCAGUGAGUUGUUGCCUGUUGGUUCUGGUUUGCUGAUGUGACGGGCUGUGAUGGAAUUUGGAGCAAGUUGUUGAUGGCAUUUAAUGCAUUGAGUUCCAGUUGCACUGUUAGCCGCUAGUUAUGAAGUGAUGACUUAGGGAUGCUCCAUUGAAUUUUAAACAAAAAGCCAUUCAGCCUAGUCAGAAAUAAAUAAACCCAAUAUCCACUGAAAACCAAUACGGACAAUGGAACUUUUGAAAAACUGGAAGCUUUGUGGCAAAAUACAUACUUCUGAGUUGUUUCCUACAAAAUGGAGUGGACUUAUAUUUGUAGCGUAUAUGGCUUUCUUUGUAAACCAAGGACUCCUGGUAACGGCCUCACAACAAGCUGACAGUGGUUACCAUUAUAACACGAUAGCUGCUGUGCUGGCAACAGAAGUGGUCAAACUGAUUAUUUCAAUUCUUCUAUUUACAAAAGACCAUAAAGUUGUUCAACUUAUCAGUGAAACGAAGACCCAUAUAAAAGUGAUGUACCAUUACUUUGUGCCAGCGUUCCUCUACUGCUUGUAUAACAACUUGGCAUUUGUCAAUCUCUCUGUGUUUGACCCCACCUCAUACUAUCUUCUGCUACAAUUCAGGGUGGUUGUAACAGGAGUUCUCUUCCAGAUGCUUUUCAAAAAGCAGCUGAGCACUAAGCAGUGGCUAUCCCUUGUCUUGCUGACUGCAGGUUGUAUUAUCAAGCAGCUACCAUUCUCUAGCUCCUCGCCCACUACCGAUCCACCGGUGCAGCAAGUCACAGAUCCGGAUGUUGUCAUCACGUCCAUGGACAAGCACAUGACCUCAGUGUUCAGCUGGAACAUGCUACUCAUCUUAAUUCAGAUAGUCUGCUCAUGUCUGGCAGGAGUCUAUAACGAGUUACUCCUCAAGAGCACUGACUCCGAAGCUUGCAAUAUCUACAUCCAAAAUACAUUCAUGUACGUGGACUCUAUUGUGUGUAAUGUAGCUCUGCUCGGCUGGCAAGGCCAGCUGUCCGUGGUAUGGGAUACCACACAGCUAGACCACCUGUUAGAUUUCAAGGUGAUUUUGGUGAUCUUGAAUAAUGCAGCAAUUGGCAUUGUGACAAGUUUCUUUCUACGUUCCUUGAAUUCAAUUCUAAAAACAUUCGCAAGUGCUUUGGAAUUGAUAUUCACUGCCCUCUUGACUUGGCUGUUUUUUAGCAUACCUAUUCAUUUAAAUACGUUUUUUGCAAUAUUCGUAGUAUCAAUAGCUGUGAUAAUGUACAGCCAAAACCCUGUCAUAAAUGUUAGGAUACCUAAAGAAACUACUUUCAAGGAAGUCAGUUCGGUUUAAUGAACAAGGGGUACUGUUAGUAGUUAUUGUCAAUGUUAAUAAUAUAAUGCAGUAUUUUAAGAGGUUUUUUUUUAAUAUGGGUAACAGUUACGAUUCAGUACAGAUGCAUUAGUUGCAAACCAUCAUUACUGAAUGUGUUGUUCUAAGCAUUAAAAGAGCUUGUUUCUGAUAUUUUUGUGACAUUUACACAGUCAUAAUAGUUUAUAAAGUUACGUUAUGCAUUUUUGUUAAUUGAUUACAGGAUUACUUGUUUAGUAGUUUUCUGAAUUUAAUUGUAAAUGUCUAUAUAUAAUUACCCUACUGGAUGAAGUAGCGUAGAGACCUUGACUAUCUUGUAUCAUAGAACAAGAGUAUUUUUAGCGCAGUUAUAUGAACUCUUUAAAAAAUAUUGCGUUUAUUUAUUUGUGACAACUUGUUUGUUUGGAACUGUUUUCACAAUGUUUUAGUAUUUUAAGUAAUAUUACCAAAAUGAUUUAAUAUUAGUUUUGUUUAAUUUAUGCAUGUUAUUUUAGAUAAAAUCUAAUUUUGUAAAAUGAGUUUUGUGCUGUUUAAGAAAUAUUAUAUUAAUCUUAGACCAUUUUAAUUUCUAGUCUUGACGGUUCUAGUUUAUAAUAUUUGUUCUAAUUUUAUGACUUUUUAGUGUUCCUAUAUUUUUUUUCUCAGUGAUAAGCAUUUAUAGCUUUACCAAUAUUUAUAUUUAAGACACGAUUCAAUAUCCACAUUGCAUCAUUAAUGAAUGUAUAGGUUAAUCUGAUAUAAAACAAUCAGUAGCAUAUUUUAAUGGAUAUCAUUAAGACGUUGGCUAUUACCAGGUACUUUCCAAGCAUGUGAUGUUUGUCUAUUGUUUCCAAUUAUCAAUGUUUAACAGGUUGGUAGCCAACGUGUUAAUGUAUAGGUACCAGGACCACAUGGUUAAACUAUUUGAAACAAAUCAAUGAGAGAAGAAGCAUUCUUUAUUUAAUUAUCAUUUGUAAUUAUGUGAACAAAUUAUUAAUUAUUAUACACUAUUUAAGAUUUUAUUGCUUACAAAACUCUGUUUAUAAAAUAAAAUAGAAGACAUCAAUUGUAAACAUAGAAAAGCAAUUGACUCUUAACUUGCAUGUUGAUUUUUAGUGUAAUGCAACAGAUCAUAGUAGUAUACGAUGCUGAAUAACAAUUGAAUUGUUCUUGUAUGUGAUAUUUUUUCUGUAAAUUAAAUGAACAGAUAUAAUUUCUAGUACAUUCUAUAGAACGUUGGAAAUAUUUUAUUAACUACAUUAUUAUGUACAGUAAAACAAUGCUUAAAUUAUAUAUUGAUUUUGCUAUUAAGCAUUUAAUUUUAAGCUUAAAUAAUUUCAAGAAGUAAAAUUGAACUGUUUGUCUACUAUUAUUUAUUAAUUCUUUCUUUGAAUUAUUUUGAAUAUGAAAAAACUAAAGAUUUUCAACAUACCCACCAUAUUUACAAAUUUUAAAUUCAAUCCUUAUGAAAUGGAAUGAUUUUAUAUUACACAUUUUGAGACAGUAGUUUAUUUUGUACAUAUAAGGUCAUGCUUCUUGAGGGUGUUCUCAUGUGAUCUAAACUAAAACAGGAAUAUAAAUCCGAAGUUUAAAAUAUCAGUCUGUAUUUUUAAUGAGUUUAAAUUACAUAGUCAAAACAAAAUUUCUUGUUGAAACAAAAAAUGUCCAAAGUUUUCAGUUUUAGUAAUGCUUAUGAGAUUUAACAUUUUCAGAUCUAGCAAUGCAUACACACGAUAAUUACAUACAAACCAUUAGUACAAACAAGAAAAUUUUAAUUAGCAGCCCAACAACUUGGUCAACCCUUAUUUAAAAUAGAACACUUUGGUUGCAAAUACUAAAAUAGAAACCCACUGAUGGAAGCAGAAUGCCGAAUUCAAAUAAAAUCAAUACUCAGUCACAAUAUGAUCUUUAGAAGUUCAUUUAGAAUGAACUUAUAACCCCCCUUCCCGAUUUGUUCCAUCUUCUUCCUGCCUAAUAAUCACCAUUUUACCAUUGAGUACUGUUACUUCGUGGUUAGCAAGCAGACAUUGUGACCUGUUUAUAGUUUUAUUGUUUUGUACAUAGCAAUGGCAUGUGUCUGAAAAGUCUGUUUCUUUCACAAAAUCUCUAUCACCAAAAACAAACUUUAAACAAAGAAGAAUUUAUUUUUGAAAUAUAUUUUUGGAAUAGAUUAUUUCUCAGAUACAUUCUUUUGUAGAAAAUUGAGUUCACAAGUACAAACAAAACUUGCUGUCUCAAAUGCAUAAUAUAAAAUCAUAAGCUAUGACAAAGUAUAAUAUAUUUACAAGUAUUUUCUGGAAAUUAAAGAAAUUUGGUAUUGAGUUUCUUUAAGAAAUGUUUACUAGUAUUAUUCAGUUUACAGAAAUGAACUUUGACACAUCUAUGUGAGACAUGAAAAGACAUUAUUUUGUUAAUUCAGUGACUUUAGAUCAAAGUGAUAGUAAUUGUUGUGUGGAUAUGAAAGUAUACUUCCUAUAACCCAUUGCGGGCCGUGAAAAACCUCAGUGUUUGACAUAUGGGCAGCUGUAGUUAUUUGCAGUGGCAGAUGGUGUGGCGAAAGCAGACAAUCUGUGGGGCUCACAGUUUUCUUGCAGUAGUUUUUAUUGCACUAAUUGUUAUUGUAAAACAUAUUUUUAUUCAUUGUUCUAUUCAUACAUUUCUUUGAUAAAUAAAUCUGAACUAAAAAAAAAUGGGAAACCAAAAUAUUUAAUUUGCAUUUAUUUGAAGGUCUGAAGUGAACAAAACUCACUCUACCGGAUGUUUAUUGUAUUAUUUUGAAAACAAAACACAAAAUGUAAAUUAGAGCAUCCAAACACAUUCUAGUCGAAAUGACAAGAAAUACAGUUGUUAUUACUUAACGCAGAACAGAGGACACAGUGUAUGUGCCUUUCUGUUUAUGAUCCUCUGAGAGGUAGGACACAUACGCUGUACCUUUCAACCACAAUGUUUGAAAGGUACUCACUAAUCUAAAAAACGUUCAAUGUCAACGUAACGAGUUUUGUUUUUGUGAACUAAAAUGCUUAAAAUUUUAAACAGUCCAUAAUUAUAACAUAUUUGUUAUAAAUAAGAUUUAAAAUUAAAACUUAAUGUUUACUAGUCUGCAACAACAUUGCAAUUUUAUCAUAACUUAGUGGACAUGGUGCUUCCAGUAAUAUAACAUUGCUGUCAGCUCUCAGAAGGUUGAAUUACCAAAGAAUAAAAAUAUUUCAUAUGCUUUUUUGUGUCAAAAAAUGAUAGUGCCAAAGUGAGAAUUAUUUUAUGAUGUGUUGUUUUAUGUUUACCUUUCCUGUCUAUUAGUUUUAAUCAACCAUGGAUCUAUCAGGCUAGUUUAUAUAUGACUGUGGGGCUGUGUAAAGGAACUUUUAGCCUUUUGGUUAUCAUUGCAAUCAUAACCACUAACAGUGGGGAGGAUUUUAAAUGUCAGAUAACCCCAAAAAUUUAUGUUGACACAAGUUUUAUAAUCAAAAAGUAAUUACGAGUUUUAACAUAUUUUGGAUACAGUAUUAGAUUUUAGAUGCAUUUCAUACUGUAUACAUGUAAUUUUUAAGAACUCUCUGGUAUCCUAUUUUUAUACAUAAGUAGACUAUAAUGCACAAAAACCUAUAAGUUUUCUGGGAUAUCUAUAAAGUUUACUAUGUAUGCAUGCUAACAUUUAUAGAAAUUAUUUUCUGAAGUUUUUUAGAAUAAUUCAGCGAGCCAGAGAUCUGAGUACUGUAACCCAGGCUUAGUAAAUGUAGUACCAUAAUUGGAUUGAUGUAAAUUAGAUUUUUAUGUUAUUUUUAUUUUACUUAUUUUAGAUUACCAAUAACAUAUUGUACAGAUUAGAUUUUUUGGCAAUGGAGUGUUUUUAAAUAGGAAUAAAGGUUUUAGACUGGAUGCACAAUUGACGACAUUGUGAUAUAUCUAGCAAAGUGAUAUAUUAUAGUUUAUAUUGAUAGUUUUUAUUAGAAUAAGAGUUAGUUUAAUUUUUCAAUUUACCAAUACUUUAUAUGCUGUCUCUUUUAAUUUUACCGAUUUGAAAAAAUAUUUUUUCAUUUAUUAUUAAUUAUAACUGUUUGUGUCCCAUGGCUAAUGUUAUUUUUCAGUUUGGCUCCAUACAGGGUUAUUACUUAGUAUGGGAAUGGUAUAAUACUGUGCACAUUAAUGCAGGGCCUAAGAAACUCAGUUUUUAUGUGAUGAUUCUUUGGGAGAAGGGAAUCUUUUGAGGAGAUGGUGGAAAUAGUUUAUACAAGUAUACAUCAAUUUGAAUAUGAAUGUGUGCCAAAUAUAAAUGGAACUGGUUAUCUAAAAACUUGCAUAGAAGUUAUUGACCUACAGUCGGUUGAUGCAUAGUUAGCCUGUACUGUUAAGGAGAGGGAGGAACUGACUGCAACUCUCGUGGAUCCGUUUACUAUAAAAAAAAAUCAUGAGUGAACAGGAAGUACAUGUUUUCAUGGAGCAGCAGAUAAUAAUCAAGUUUUGGGCCAAGAAAGGGGUGAGCACAACAGUAAGUUUGUGAUGGUUACAUGCACAAUUUGGGGUGAUACCCUGUCAAGAACCUGUGUGUUGAGAACAAGAGCCAUGGUAGUCACUCAGGGAUGAGAGUAACCAAGGUCAACAUUUAGGUAGUACAAAAUCUCAUUGAGGAAAAUCUCAUUGGAUAACUCUCUUUGAAAUUGUUAGGAACUCGAUACAAAUUAUGGUAGUGUCCAAGGGAUCUUUGACAGGUAACUUGGGAUACCAAAGUGUCCACCAAGUGGGUUCCAUGUCUGUUAUCAAGAAUCACAAGUGACAUCAAUUGGCGGUUUUGCAGGGGCUCUUCAAUUGAUUUUAAGAAGGUGAGGUUUAUUGGAAUCGCAUUGUUGUGUGAUAAAACUCAGGUGCACCAUUACACAUCCAAGUUUAAUAUGUGAGUAUGGAGUAGAGUGGUGAGAGAGCAUUGGUGAAGGCAAAGACACAGUGUGGUGGAAAAGUUAUGUUAACAAUUUUUUAACUGACAAGAUGCUUUUCAUGUUAAUUUUCUUUACGAUCAACACACAAUUAUAGCACAAUAAUCUUAAAUUGUGAAGUACUGCAUACUGCAAAAUUAUAAUUUCAAAGGAAAAAGAAGCUGCAGUAAGCCAAAAGUAGUGUCAGUCUUCUGCACAACACUGGGCCACAUGUGGCUGAUGCAACUAGGAAAUAUUGGUUGCGUUACGAUGGGAAACACUGGAAUGUCCACAUUAUAUCCCAGACAUGUCAACUUGUGACUUUCAUUUUUUUAACUCCUCAAAGAAGCGCUUAGUGGCCAGUGUUUUGAGCACAAUGAAGCAGUGUAGGGGUAGGAGAAUGCCCAAGGUGUUUUACAAUAAUGGUAUAAAAAUCCCCCAAUCCAAUGGAAAAAUGCAUAUCAAGGUUGGGAAGAUAUUAAAUUUAUUUAUUUAUUGGAAAAUAUUAAAAAACAUGAUGAUAUCCAAAUACUUUGAAGCACUAUUAUAUUAAUUAAAUAUAAAGAAGUAGUUCUUCAAUUAAUUAAUUAAAGUCCAAUCACAGCUACUUUCCACCACUGAACAAAAAAAAAAGUUAAAACAGUUCAAACAAUUCACUUUAAUGUAGUGUAAUUUGUAUGCAAUAAUAAGAUGAGAAACAAACUGUAUCUUCGUAAUAAGAAAAUUAAUAAAAAAGUGCCAAUAAAAAUAAACUUUAUAACAAGAACACACAAAUACUGACUAUAACUAGUUAACAAUAGAAUAGACAUUAGAACCAAAUUUACAACAAUUAUCUUGCAGAAACAAUAAAAUACUACAUACAUAAAUUUACAAAUAUACAGAUACAUUCACAUGUAUACUAGAAUAUAUAGAUAAACUAGCUGACCUAUCAUGCUUCGCUGUGGCUUGGUCAUUAUAUGAUUAAUAUGUAUAAAUUAUGCAUUAUUAUGUAUUGUAUUGAAUUCAAGUACAAUAAAUAAUAAGUAAGCAGUUUCCAAUUUCAUUAUUGCUUGCAUAUUAAAUUUUUAUCAAUCAGCUAUGAAAAGAUUGAUUCUUACUCCAAACAAUUAUGUUAUUCUAAAUUAUAACUAUCAAUUAAAAUUCAAUUAAGCGCUAUUUGGUGCACAAUAUUUUUAGUUAAUCUGUCUUUUACUAAUAUAAAUCAAUUAGAUGUUAACCAACAUGUUAGCAUGCAACAUAUAAUUGGCCAUGAGAGAAACAUGGAUUUUCUAAAACUAAGCCGCAAACGGACAUUGUCUGGCCUUUAAAUCUGUUAAUGAUCAUUGAAAAUGCUAAUCGAACAGAGGAUUAAAGUUUUGUGAAUGACAUUGUGGUAUCUGACAAUAUCAUUAGGGUACGUGGCAACACGACAAUUUCAUAAAACUAUGUUUACACAGAACAGUAGAUUACAUGUAACAGGCUCUUCAAGAGAAUUUAACCCUUUAUCUAUAAAAAAACCUUAAAUUCACAAUAAAAAACUGAUGUCUAUUAAUCAAGAUUGAAACUAUCCUAUCUUUUAAGUUGGAUCAAACAAUACAUAUCAACAAAAUUUCAUUGAAAUCGGUUUAGUGGUUUCAGAGAUUAUUGUAAAUGAAUAUGAAUGACACAAGAUUUUUAUGUGUUAAGAUAAUAUAUAUUUGUAAGUUUAGUCAAAUAAAGUUUUAAUUCAAAUAAA